UUUCUUACCAUUGGCUGUUCGAAUUCUUUGGCGCUUUACAUGCGUUCGUAUUGUUUGCGACAUGGUACAUAAAUAUGCUUUUAGCUUAUCUGUGUGUUUCUUGUGUUGGUGGUUACAUGUGUAGACUCACAUGCCGGGCGGACGUGAGUGACGUGUCAAACAGAGUAGGGUAAUGAAAAUAUUGUCUUUAGUGCCAGGCUGUUGUUGGAUACCUCCACAGGUGGGUGGCACGAUUGCUCAACACUAGUGCUGCUCACGGCGUGUGAACAGAACAGUGCAGGCGGACUACAUGGCUUGUUGCACGGUUCGUUAGCUGCAACAGUGUGCCCGACUCUGAGGUAAACACAUUUACCUGUAAUUGACGACAUUUUCAGUCUGCUGUCGGCUCUUUUUGGAUUAAUGCGUUAGUUACGAGGGAAUUCGGAAGAGGAGAAAAUGAGCAAAGCAAAUUUAGCGAAGAGGACGAGUCGGCUCGAUUUGAUCGGCGGCGGCGGCGGCAGCUCGGGCAAGGGGAAACAGCUAACCCGUCGGCAGCCGUCGCUGGCCUCAGUAGGCCGACGAGACACCAGCAGUAGUUUCAGUAAUGGUAAAGAUGAGGCACCGAAGGUGGACAGUCGUCGGUUGUGUCAGCAACAGGAGAUAGACAAGGGAGAGAUACACAUGACCAUCGCGGGCGUGUCCGGAGCGGGAAAGGCUUCGCAAGAGGCCCCGCCACCCCCACCCGUCAACCUCCGCAGCCUCAUGGUCACCAAACGACUGGCCAUGAACUUGAAGAGGAUGGCGGCGCAGAGGGUGACGGAUAAGAAAGGUGCGAGUUACCUGGCGCACACGGACAGGCCCUGGAGACCUCAGCACCCGCGGCCGCCGGAAGAAGAGGAACCGGAACAAGAACACACGUAUCAACUCGGCCCCGUCUCCAAAUUCUUCUCGGGACGCGCCGAGAAAGCGUUAUCAGAGCUGUUAGAGGAAAAAUUGUGUGAUUAUGUGUACAACUCCGGCACAGCCGGUGUGAUAACCAAGAACUUAUGUGAGGAGGCGAAGCAGAGGAUGAAGGAAUUUCUCCCGCCCAGGUAUAAACUUAUCAGCGUGGCCAACAUAGGGGAGCGCCACGCGCAGGACAUACGGGUGGCGUCCCGAUGUGCGUGGGACCCAAAUGUCGACACCUUCGCGUCUUCAACCUUCCAGAACGGCAGCGUGUUCUGCGUGGCGACGGUGUACGCAGUGUACAUGGAAUAGAGCUGAUACGUGUACUGUAGUUGACUACAUACCAUGGCACGAAAGGCGUGCGACGCACAUGACUGACAUGUUUUCCUAAAUAUGUUUUCCCAAGCGCUUCUUAAAUGCGUUGUUGUGCACCAUACAAAUGGCCAAUCGACUUAACGCGGCAUUCGGGCGUUUCAGGCACCCGUCAACAAACAGGCCAGAUGGGACAAUACCUGAGAUUUAUCCCCCUUGACUUAUCGUUGCUUACCAGGACAACCUGAAUGUCACAGCGGCAGGAGCCAAGUGAACACCGUGACAACAGUUCAAGGUGUGUGACAAGAAAAACGCUAGGAAUGAUUGAUUUGUACAUGUACCAAAACAUCGCCAUAUAACAUCGACUCAAUAGACACCAUUAUCUCAGCAUUGCUUACCCAGGGUCUGUAUAAAGCUAGCACAGUUCAGGGUCGUGUACACGUGCAGCUACAGGGAAGAGAAGUUCACGGUCACUGACAUCCACACAGUACAGUUAUGUUUCUACAGGUGUUAGUGUGUGUACAAUGUAGUACAUGUAGGUAUGGCGCCAAGACUCUUCAUUGUAACAGUUGACGCGGAUUAAGGGAUUUGUUGAAAGCCUUUCACUCAGAAAAAAUUGUUACCGCUAAUACUUAUCGUAUCACCGUCUGGUUUAUAAUAGAAGUUAGAAGUCAGGACAUGUAUAGCCAUUUCAAUGCGACGUCGACACGCAUGGCUUCGUCUUUGUGGGAGGGCGAGUGUUCUCUUUUGUACAGGAAAAAUAUUUGCAGUGGGAACUGUUGAUUCAAACGCAGCGUGCCUCCAGUGGUGGCAAGUAGCCGGACCUGGGCAGCCCCGCAUUAUGUGAAAGUGUCCAAUAAAUGUCAAGUCUCAAUUCAAGAGCUCCAGCGCCAUUUAGAGACCCAGAAGGGGAAGGACAUCACAGGAACCGACACCAAAAGGCUUGUAUUUGUACUAGAAAAGUGCACUUCAUGUAUCCGCAAUCGUUCUCCGGCAUUGAUUUAACGUUGUUGUCUUAAGAAAGAGCAGUCUCCAACUUGACUGGCGUAUUUGUUAGACUUUAAAUUUUGGAAUCGUGGAAAGCGAACGUAAGGCACGUAGAGUAGAGACAGACGUCACGCACUGGACAGCAUAGUCACCACUGCUUGUUAAAAGGGAGUUGCCGACAACUUGUCAUAAGAAAGACGCACAAGUCAAGAAAUGUUCACCGGCAAAGAGACAGACAUGACAAGUUCAGGCAGGAUUUAAUAUAUAUGCAUAUAUAUCAUAUGGACAGUUUUAUCAAGUACAACAGGUACAAUGUAUCACAAUGUACAAUGUACAUUGUAUAUGGCAAUACGUAUUUUACAACAGUUUUCAAAGACAGUUAUAUUCUACACGCUAUCGUGGAGAUCAUAGAAACGGCUUGGCAAACUGUAGAAUAAAAGAAUAAAGCAUUGGCCCAAAUAAAGGAUAAUUUUCUUGAUACAAAAUAUUUAAGUGUUGCCGACUGAGAUUUGGCACUGUUUGUGAUGACACAAUGUUAAUGACGUAAUACGAGAGACAGUGCAUUUGUCAUGUACACGGAGUGGUUUACAAAUCUGUACAGACUGAAGAUUGAUUGGUACAAAUGACAACCCAGUAACAUCGUAAGGAAUUGGAAUGUUCAAACCGAAGACUCCCAAGGGAGGGAACUUCAUUUCUCUACGCCACAAGGCAAAUUCCCUUUCAUAUAAUUACUUCAACAAAUGACGAGUUGCUUUGGGUGAAGUAAUGUGUUAAGCUCCGCGCCAUUGUUUAUCAGCAAACCAUUUAAUCAAAAACAAGGCCAUUUUUUUUCAAUCGGUCGUUCCAUUAAAAAUGUCGACCAUCUUCUACCCCUAGUUUUCGUGUUUAUAUUGUUGUCAUAGCGCAGCCUACUGUUUUAGAAGUUGUGUUGUGUAUAAUUAUCGUUACCUGCUGACCAAAAGGUAAACAAUCACAAAUGUAUUCCUUAAUCUUUGAAAUACCUUACGAUUAGAAGCGUUGUAGAAACAUUUGUCAUUGCAAAAACUCAUUACUCCAGUAUCAACGAUUUUCUUUGGUUUUCUAUAGAGUGAUUCUAUUGUUGUACACAAGGAUUAUGAAGGAACAAUUAAAAAGUAGAAGAACAAGUAUCUUG